GCGCAUUGUGAGUGUCUGACUACUGUUUAGAAUGCAGUGCGUUCGGUGGAUCGGUGCGAGAGUUGGGAGAUUGGGGGUACCGGGAAGCAAACGGCAGGGAAGGAGCUACAGCAGCGGCCAGGCAGAUGCUCCUCGCCGUACACCUCUCUAUGAUUUUCACCGUGAUCAUGGUGGUAAAAUGGUGGAGUUUGCCGGCUGGAGCCUUCCGGUGCAAUACAAAGAUAGUCACAUCGCCUCUCACCUGCACACCCGCCAGCACUGCUCCUUGUUUGAUGUCUCCCACAUGCUUCAGACCAAGGUACUCGGGAAGGAUCGGAUACCAUUCAUGGAGAGCCUGGUGGUGGGUGACAUUGCUGAGCUGAAGGAGAACCAGGGCACACUAUCUCUUUUCACUAACGAGAGCGGUGGCAUCAUUGAUGACCUCAUUGUUACCAACACCUCCGAGGGAUACCUGUAUGUUGUGUCUAAUGCUGGCUGUGCAGAAAAGGACUCUGCACACAUGCAGGGCAAACUGCAGGAUUUUAAAGCAGCUGGCCGGGACGUGGCUUUGGAAUUUAUAGAUUUCGCUCUGCUGGCUCUUCAAGGUCCUUCUUCAGCCCGAGUUCUCCAAGCUGGACUUAAGGAUGACCUCUCCAAACUUCCAUUUAUGACCAGUGUGAUCACAGAUGUCUUUGGUGUCCCUCACUGUAGGGUGACGAGGUGUGGAUACACAGGAGAAGAUGGAGUGGAGAUUUCUGUGCCAGGGAACAGAGCGGUAGAGUUGGCAGACAGGCUCCUGCAGAAUAGUGAAGUGAAGCUGGCAGGUUUGGCGGCACGGGACAGUCUGCGUUUGGAAGCUGGGCUCUGUUUGUAUGGCAACGACAUUGACGAAACCACCACUCCAGUUGAGGCAAGUCUAGUGUGGACACUUGGUAAACGACGGAGGGUUGCCAUGGACUUUCCAGGAGCCUCGGUGAUCGUACCUCAGAUUAAGGGAAAAGUGAAGCGGAAGAGGGUUGGUUUGACCUCUACUGGACCCCCUGUACGGCAACACACACCUAUACAGACCCCCGAAGGACGAGUUAUUGGCGAAGUGACAAGCGGUUGUCCCUCCCCGUGCCUGAAGCUGAAUGUAGCUAUGGGGUACGUGGAGCCGGAAUACAUGAAAGCUGGCACGCCACUGCAGGUGGAGGUCAGGAAGAAGCUUGUGGACAGCACCGUCGGCAAAAUGCCAUUUGUGCCAACAAAAUAUUAUAUUUUGAAAUGAAAACUAGAGACCGACAUACUUUGUACCCGAAACCUCUUCUGGUGAUUGCCAAUAGCUCCCAUCACCCUCAGCCACCUGUUUGCUGCUGGGGAUGAUGGCAGUUGUUGACAAACACAUGGCUCAGAUGUAGUUUGGCAGGUUUAGCAAUAUGAAACAGAAAUUGCGUGUAUAUAGUACUACUUACCUAAAUUAGGAACUGUACGAGAGUAUC